AUGGCUUGGGGCUGGGAAGAAUCCGAUGAGGCUCACCGUCAGGUGUACGGCCAGCAGGCGCACGAGGCUAAGUUCUCUCAUGAGCUCAUUGCCGGUGCCGCUUCCUUUGCUGGCAUGAAGGCCUGGGAGGAUCACCAGCGCAAAGAAGGCAAGGUUGUCAAGCACGCCUUCGCUAAGGAGGCCCUCCUCGGCUUUGUCGGCGCCGAGAUUGACAAACUCGCUGAGACCAAGGGCAUGGACGAGGUCGACAAAAUCCGCGCCCGCGAGCACGCGAAGAAGAACGCCGAGCACAUGUACGAUGAGCACUACGUCCGUGGCCACGGUGCUCAGGAGGAAUGGAACCCCAACUAUGCACCCCACGAGAGCUACGAGCGCCCCGGCCGCUGGUAA